AUGGCCAGCUACAUCACAAAAACACUCAACAAGUUUAGUGGGAUGCAUCAACGGCACAGCCGAUAUACUGGUAUGAUUUCCCUGCAACGUACUUCCUCAUUGGACCCUCGUACCUUUGUCAACUACAGCACGGAAGGCCUGCUUGUUGGCAUGGACGGGCCAGUUGCUGAGCUAACCAACAAGCUGUCCAAGUGUGAUCAUGUCUCCAUUCUCGGGAUGGGGGGAAUGGGCAAGACCGUCCUUGCUCAAGCAGUCUAUGACAAGAUCAAAGGGGGUUUCCAUUGUGAGGCUUUUGUCCACAUUGGUCUGAGAGCUGACGUGAUGAAGGUUCUGGUGGACAUCUUCGAAGAAUUUCACAUAGAUAUUUGUGGUCACAAACCAGACCAACACGAGCUAAUCAGCCAGUUGCAGAACUUCCUGGUGGAUAAGAGGUGCUUAUUUGUCAUUGAUGAUAUAUGGGAUAAGGAAACAUGUUACUUGGUACAAGGUUCUCUGACUAUUGGCGUGGUGGGAUCUGUAGUUGGUCUGAUUAUGUUGGCUUGUUUAGCAGCUCUGAUUUGGAAGGUGCUAAAGUUACGGAGUCAGUGCAGAAGAGGGCAUAUUCGAGAGUUCACUUACCGGGAAUUGGCGUCUGCAACACGCGAAUUCGCUGACGGACGAAAGCUUGGACAGGGUGCCUUUGGAGUUGUCUAUAAAGGGGCAGUGAUGCUGCAAGAUGAAGAAGUGGAAGUGGCUAUAAAAAAGAAUUUAAAUGUUGUGUCAGAUGAAUCAAGGGCUGCCUUUAAGAAUGAGGUUGAUAUUAUGAAACCGUUGAACCAUCUCAAUAUUAUACGUCUUGUGGGUUGGUGCGACAACAGGAGCAGUCUCUUGCUUGUCUAUGAACUAGUGGAGGAUCGCAACCUUGAGGAUCGGCUUUACGGCGGUGGUGCUAGUGUGUCUUCGGGUUCAGGUUUAGUUCUAGAUUGGCGCCAAAGGUACAACAUACUGGUUGGAAUAGCCUCGGGUCUUGAUUACCUCCAUAAUAAAUGUGUGAAAACCGUCCUGCAUAGAGACAUCAAGCCAGGUAAUGUGAUGCUGGACAGGGACUUCAAUGCUAAACUAUGUGACUUCGGCCUGGUGACGCAACUCACCCAUGCCGUAACCUCACGCUCGACUGGGAACAUCAUUGGAACACCAGCCUACAUGGACCCUUCAUUUGAGGAAAACGGCAAGGUUAUUAGGGAAUCAGAUGUCUACAGCUUCGGUGUGUUGUUGCUUGAGGUUGUAUGUGGUGUGAAGCCAAAACUGAUCCCGAUUGACAGAGACACAAAAAACAGCCUCAUCGAGAUGGUCCGGGAAUAUGAGAAGAAGAAUGCAAUUCUUAAUGCAGCCGACCAACAUUUGAGGGGAAAGUUUGAUGACCAAAUAAAAGGAGCACUGUUGAUCGGGCUCCAUUGUGUGAAAACAAACCGCGGUGAUCGUCCAACUAUCCAAAUUGUGUUGUCCAAAUUAUCAGGCUUGCGUGACUCAUAUGUUGUGGUUUGA